UCACAAUCACUUCCGCCGCAGUCACCGCCCUCCCGGGUGCUGUCUGGUGGAGGAGGAGCCCGAGACCCGGGAGCAGCGGCUCUGGCGGUGGUGGCGGUCGGAGGUCUGAGAGCUCUGCCCCUUUGAAAAACGUGCUGCUGUCCCGACAGGGUCUACACCUGACAGUCACUGGAAUGCUCCUCCAGGCCUUAGAAGAAAGUGAAAGUAAUUUUAAAGAUCCCUUGUCCCUUCUGUUACCUGUCUGCUGACGUGAAAAUAGAUCUUCCUGCUCCUUCAUGCUGAACUGAUUUUGACUUUCCCAGCUCAAAAAGCACAAGUGCAGGGAGCAGGAACCUUUCCACCCAAGCCCCAGCUCUAUUGGAAACCUUCCUAAACCAGAGCAAUGGGUCAGGAAUCUAGCAAGCCCGUAUGGCCCAAACCAGCAGGAGGGUAUCAGUCCAAUACAGGCAGGAGGUAUGGAAGAAGGCAUGCUUAUGUCAGUUUCAGGCCAUCCACGAGCCAGCAGGAAAGGAUUGCCAGCCAGAGAAAGACGACAUCCGAAGUCCCAAUGCACAGAUCAGCCCCCAGUCAAACCACCAAGAGGAGCCGAUCACCAUUUGCCACCACUCGUCGUAGUUGGGACGACUGUGAGAGUUCGGGAACCAGCCUGAAUGUUGAUAAUGAGGACUAUUCCAGGUAUCCGCCAAGAGAGUACAGGGCUUCGGGUGGCAGAAGAGGAAUGGCUUAUGGACAUAUUGACACUUUGGGGGCAGAUGAUAGUGAGGAGGAGGGGGCUGGGCCUGUUGAGCGACCGCCAGUGAGAGGGAAAACUGGCAAGUUUAAGGAUGAUAAGCUGUAUGACCCAGAAAAAGGGGCAAGGUCUGUGGCGGGGGUGCCUCCCCAGUUCUCUGGUUUUAACUGUGAUGUGAGAGAGGAGCUUGACAAGUUAGACCCAGCCCCUGUGGCGAGAUGCUCUGCUAGCCCAGCAGAGUUCCGGAAGCCGACUAGCAUGGGCUCUCAGAUGUCUUCUGCUGAAGGCAAGGUGGCUACAACUGGUGACAGUUUGGAGAGGGAGAGAAGGGGGCAGAACUUGACUGCACGUCCCAGUAGGGCUCCUGUGAGUAUUUGUGGUGGUGGGGGAAACCCCUCAAAGAGUGCAGAGGAACCGGUGGUGAGGCCCAAAGUCCGAAAUCUGGCAAGUCCAAACUGCGUGAAACCAAAAAUAUUUUUUGAUACUGAUGAUGAUGAUGAUAUGCCACACAGUACUUCCAGGUGGAGGGAUGCUGUCAAUGCUGAUGAUGGCCACUUGGAUGGCCUGGCAAGGAGAGGCAGAGGCGAGAGUUCAAGUGGCUACUGUGAGCCCAAGUACUCUGAAGACAAGAGGGAGGCCAGGAAUGACCAAGUGAAACCAGAGAAGGUGCCGAGGAGGCGUCGGACCAUGGCGGACCCCGACUUCUGGACGUAUAGUGAUGAUUACUACAAAUACUGUGAUGAAGACUCUGACAGCGACAAAGAGUGGAUCGCUGCCCUGCGCCGGAAGUACCGAAAUCGAGAGCAAACACUGUCCUCAAGUGGAGAAAGCUGGGAGACCCUGCCAGGAAAGGAAGACCGGGAACCUCAGCAAGCCAGAGUGAGUGGAAGUGUCACCGACACCAGCCCAAGCCUUGGGACUGGAGCCAGCGCCGUUGCCGGAGCCAGUACCACUGCCGGAGCCAGCGCCAUUGCAGGUGCCAGCACCAUUGCCGGAGCCAGUGCCAUUGCCGGAGCCAGUGCCAUUGCCGGUGCCAGCGCCAUUGCUGGAGCCAGUGCCGUUGCCAGUGCGGGUGCCGGCGCCAGCGUCAGUGCAGGUGCUGUGAGCAAUGGCAGUAGCUAUCUUGAGGAAGCUCAAGGGCCACCGCUGCAGGAAGAGGAGCAAACAUCCCUGGAAGAAGGAGAAAUUCCCUGGCUCCAGUACAAUGAGAAUGAGAGCAGCAGUGAGGGAGACAACGACUCCGGGCAGGAGCUGAUGCAGCCGGGGGUGUUCGUGCUGGAUGGCAACAACAACCUCGAAGAUGACUCCAGCGUCAGCGAAGACCUCGAAGUGGAUUGGAGCCUCUUUGAUGGAUUUGCCGAUGGGUUAGGAGUGGCCGAAGCCAUUUCCUAUGUGGAUCCUCAGUUCCUCACCUACAUGGCACUUGAGGAACGCCUGGCACAGGCGAUGGAGACUGCCUUGGCACACCUGGAGUCUCUCGCAGUGGAUGUCGAGGUGGCCAAUCCACCGGCCAGCAAGGAGAGCAUCGACGCUCUUCCCGAGAUCCUGGUCACUGAAGAUCAUGGUGCAGUUGGCCAAGAGAUGUGCUGUCCUAUCUGCUGCAGUGAAUAUGUGAAGGGGGAAGUGGCGACCGAGCUUCCAUGCCACCACUAUUUCCACAAGCCCUGCGUGUCCAUCUGGCUUCAGAAGUCAGGCACAUGCCCUGUGUGCCGCUGCAUGUUCCCUCCUCCACUCUAAAGACCAAGGCUUUUUUUUACUCCUGGUCUGUUUAUUUUCCCCAUACCUGAAACCCACAAUACUGCAGGAGCCCUCUGAAAAUUAAUAAUGAAAAUGAAACCAUUUGGUCAAUUAGACUAAACUUGUUGAUUCCUUGUGAUUAUUUCCAAUGUGAAAACGGUUGUGUGCGGUUGCAUUAAAAAUCAUAAUUGUCCUAGCCAGGUGUGUGGGGGGGCACACACCUGUCAUCCUGGCAACUUUAGAGGCUGAGGCAGGAGGAUUGCAAGUUCAAGCCAGCCUGGGCAACUUGGUGAGACCCUAUCUAAAAGCUGGGGGGUAUAGCUCAGGGGUAGAGCACUCCUGGAUUCAGUCCAUAGUAUCACACACACACAUACACACAAAUAAAUCAUAUUGUCUUAGAGGUUAGAAAGGAAAAACUAAACUUUCUAAAUGCUACUUGAGCGUGCACUAAGAGCAUACAUUUUCUAACCCAAAAGUCGGAACAAAUGGCAUUUGUUUUCUUCAGUAGAAUAUGUUGCUGUUAAUUGUAAUGUCAAGUUUAUCUGUUAACUAUGUCCAAAAGGCAAAAUAAUUUUUGUUGCAUGUUCUGGGUUAACGUUCCUGUAAUUGCAGUGCCGUAAAAGCUUAUUAAAGUACUUUUGGUUUUACACGGUAA